AUACGACUGGAAUGCGGGUUAAGUAAAGUUACAUCCUGUACCUUCUUGUUUUGCUCCCUCACUCCGUGUUGCGCUCAGUCUCCAGUCGUUACGGUAAUGAAACUGCUGUUUCUCAGCUGAUAUGACAUCCACCCCCCUGCAGCCUGCUGAAUCAGACUGCUAGGGCUACAGCCCACCGCCUCAGUUUCACAUUAGGAGGGUAGCAUCAGUCAUCCAACAUCCAGGAUGUUAGACAACGAAGAGUUCAUGUUGGAGACUUCCCCGCGGGAGCUCACCCAGAACCCGCUCAGGAAGAUCUGGAUGCCGUACAGAAACGGGCACAUAGCUCAGAGACGUGUGUGUAUGACAAACUGCCCGACCCUCAUUGUGACUGUUGGACUUCCAGCUCGAGGGAAGACUUACAUUUCAAAGAAGCUCACGCGCUACUUAAACUGGAUAGGUGUGCCAACCAAAGAAUUCAACGUUGGCCAGUACCGGCGGGAGUGUCUGAAGAUCUACAAGUCCUUUGAGUUCUUCCGGCCAGAUAAUGAAGAGGGGUUAAAAAUCCGACGUCAGUGUGCGUUGGCAGCACUGAACGAUGUUCGGCAGUACCUGAGUGUCGAAGGAGGACAGGUGGCGGUGUUUGAUGCAACAAAUACAACAAGAGAAAGAAGAGGGACCAUCGUCAAGUUCGCUGAGCAGAAUGGGUUCAAGGUGUUUUUUGUGGAGUCUGUGUGUGAGGACCCAGAAGUCAUUGCACAAAACAUAGUGCAAGUUAAGUUGGGAAGCCCAGACUACAUACACUGCAACACAGAGGAGGCCAUUGAGGACUUCAUGGAGAGGAUUAAGUGCUACGAGUCCUCCUACCAGCCUCUGGACGAGGUUCUGGACAGGGAUCUGUCCUACAUAAGGAUCAUUGGCGCAGGCUGUCGUUACCUGGUGAACCGCGUCCUUGACCACAUCCAAAGCCGAAUCGUCUACUACCUGAUGAACAUCCACAUCACGCCACGCUCCAUCUACCUGUGUCGCCACGGGGAGAGCAACCUCAACGUCAAGGGACGGAUCGGAGGAGACUCUGGCUUGUCUGCCAGAGGAAAAGAGUUUGCCAAAGGUCUGAGGAAAUUCAUCCAGGACCAGAACAUCAAAGAUCUAAAAGUGUGGACCAGCCAGAUGAAGAGAACAAUCCAAACAGCGGAGAGCCUGGAAGUGCCGUACGAACAGUGGAAGUCUCUCAACGAAAUAGAUGCUGGUAUGUGUGAGGAAAUGAUGUAUGAGGAGAUCCAGGAGCAUUACCCUCUGGAGUUUGCACUGAGAGACCAAGACAAGUACCGCUACCGCUACCCUAAAGGAGAGUCUUAUGAAGACCUGGUGCAGCGGCUGGAGCCUGUGAUCAUGGAGUUGGAGCGACAGGAGAACGUUCUGGUCGUUUGUCACCAGGCCGUCAUGCGUUGUCUUCUUGCAUAUUUCCUGGACAAGACUGCAGAUGAGUUGCCUUAUCUUAAGUGCCCUUUGCACACGGUGUUGAAGUUGACCCCCAUGGCUUACGGAUGCAAAGUGGAGUCUGUCUAUUUAGGCGUGGACUCUGUGAACACACACAGAGACAGACCAGAGGUAGGUAUCCCAGGCAGCACACAGAAAUGUCUCUCAGCAGAAGACGUAGACAACUUGAAUCCGCUUCAGGUGUGAUUCGACUCACUGCGUUUUCCAACCAACUCAUCUGUGGGACUGGGGACAUUCGGGAGAAUGUCUCGCAGUCAACACUUUAACUGUAAAAGCUGUGUGUGACUUUCUUUUAUGCUUUCGGGAGAAGUACACUGUAUGUGUUCCAUCGUAUUUAGUCUGCAACGCUCCCCUGAAGCUGAGCUAGCAGCCGCCGCUGAUCUUUUUGUAUUGCACUGAGAACUUAAAUCUUUCACACAUGGCAGAAGAAACGGUUUCUCCGUCCACCGGUGAUCCCUGACAGCGGUCAAGACAACUGUGACUUCACUCACCAUGACAGUCCUACCUCCAUCCUGUCAGCAAUGACCUUUUCUCAUUUCAUUUUUGUGUCUCAGUCAGAGCAGAAAUGUUUCCUUUUCCUACGUUGGCCCUAAGAGCUCAACGCACUGCAACUUCAGAAAACACAUGGAAUAAGACAAAACGCUGCAAAGUGAGAAAGCACAACCAAAUGCAGACACAGUAGAUUAAAGAGAAUCCUGCAGUUAUACUAACGUCAUAGAAAUACUUUCUUUAAAUUGAAACAUUCUCAUUGCAUGCCUCAGAAUUGAAUUGGUAAACUAGUAAUCAGCAAAAGGCUAAUGAUAGAUUAACAGACAUCUGAAAUAAUAUUUGAAUCAUGAAAUCAGACUGUAAGGAAAUAAAACUUUCAUUGUUUGCUUAUUCCCCAACACCCCUGAAGGACUAUUGAAUUCAGUAACUUCAUAAGCCACAAACCAUUGCAACGAGUAGCGUGUCCCAGGUGUGUUCAUAACUUCUGUUGACUGGCUGCAUCUGUGUAUGUGGUUGUGCUUUCUCACUUUGCAGCUUUAUCUUUCAUUAAAUGCUGCACAUCAGCUGUGGAAGCGAUGAAGAUCUUUGCACACGUUGCAGUGUGUUGAGUUCUCAUGGUCUCCAUAUUUUCCUUUGUUUUACAUCUUUGUCGGAACUACAUAACUGGAAUCCAGUUUCAGGACACAUCACUCAGCUGUGUGUACUUGUGCGUAUAUCUUUGUGAGGACCUUGAGCGAGCGAGUGAGGAUCUAGGUGACCUUCAAAGGGCUGUUUCGAAAAGUUCAGACUUAGAAUUUAAGUUCAGUUUCGGGCUAAAAACCAUGAAGGAUUUAACAGUGUAUUUUUUCAAAGAAUGUUAUCCAGAUUGCAUUAACAUAAAGCCUGCUUUGUUGUUGUUUUUUAAACAUGUAUACACGUGACAACAUUUACCCUCAACAUACAUUUUUACUGCAUAUGAAGUGACGCACAAUAUAAUCUUCAUUCCAGUAAUUGUUUUUGUUUUUUUUA